ACAGUGUGGCGGUGUUAUUUGGCACUGUCUGGUGGUACACAGGAGCGAGCAUUCAGGCAUCAUGUGAUGUAUGUAUAUGACGCCCUCGGGCCCCUCAGGGUCACAUCCUUAUAAUGAUCCGUCUUCUCUGUCUCGUGGAUUUAAUCAUCAAGAGACAAGUAAACAAGAAUUUAAAGGGCCGGGACGCAGAACCUCGCAGUCAGUGUCACGCUGACGACCCUUCCAGUUCCCUUAGUGGUCGCCCUCCGGCUCCAGAGCCAUGAAGAUGCCUCGUUACUGGGGCCGACAGCUCUAGCGGUGACCGUACUGGUUGUCACCCAGCUUUCCAGAAACGUGACGUUUAUCGGGGGAUUGUUGGGUCCGGGGUUCCCAUGUCAGUCGUGCAGGCUGGGGGCCGUCACGGAUCUGACCUUCCUCAGGAUUGUGGGGGUGUGGCCCUUCUUAUACCCUGCGCCCCCUGCUGAUCCGUCUUGUCUUCUCCAGCCCUCCACGUUCCAGUGCACACUGCUCCGACAACCCUGCGGUCACCAUGAGCGGCACAUUGUCGGGGCUCUCCUGCCUCGUGACCGGGGCCAGCGGCUUUGUGGGACUCCGCAUCGUGCAGAUGUUACUGGAGGAAGAGGAGCGUCUGGGAGAAGUCAGAGCCAUGGACAAGACCCUGAGCGGCCAGCUCCUGCACACCUGCCACCGGUUCCAGAGUAAAAUCCAGGUGAAGCUUCUAGAAGGAGACAUCCGCGAUGCAGAAUUCCUGGACAGAUGCUGCCAGGGAGUGGACCUGGUCAUACACACCGCAGCCGUCAUAGACACCACCGGCCACGUCAACAAGGAGACCCUGAUGUCCAUCAACCUCCACGGCACGGAGCUGCUCCUGGAGUCUUGUCUCCAGAACAAUGUGCGGUACCUCCUCUACACCAGCAGUAUGGAGGUGGUGGGGCCCAAUACUCGUGGGGACCCCGUAGUGAAUGGAGACGAGGAGAUGGUCUACGAGGGUAAAUUAGGCUUCUACUAUGGAGAGAGUAAGCGUCGGGCGGAGCAGGCCGUGCUGCGGGCCAAUGGUCGGGAACUCCACAAUGGGUGGUCCCUGGUGACCUGCUCACUGCGGCCCACCUACAUCUUUGGAGAAGGGUCUCAGUUUCUCCAGAUGCACCUUGACCAGGUGUUUCAGAAUGGGGGAGUCUUCAAAAGAAUCUCCAAGAAAGAAGCGUUGGUCAAUCCGGUCUAUGUGGGAAAUGUGGCAUGGGCCCAUAUCCUGGCCGCUCGGGCAAUGAAAGACCCGGACGGUGUCAAGAAGAUUGCAGGGAAAUUCUACUACAUCUGUGAUGACACCCCCCACAUGAGCUACUCGGACCUGAACCAUGAACUGGGCAAGGAGCUGGGCCUGCGGGUGGAGGACAGGCUGCUCAUGCCCUAUCCGUUGCUCUACUUUAUGGCCUCCAUGAUGGAGUUGGUCAGUUUCCUACUCCGUCCUUUCUUCAGAUUUGUGCCGCCUCUCACCAGACACCUGGCGAUCCUUCUGAACACCACCUUCACCUUCUCCUACAAGAAAAUCCAGAGUGAUAUGGGAUACAAGCCCUUCUACAAGUGGGAGGAGGCCAGGAGGCUGACCUCCACCUGGAUGGACACCAUACUGCUCCAACGCAAGGAGGCACGCAAAAAGAAAUAGAAAGAGGAAGAAGAGGCAGGUGGAGAUGUUCCUCAUGGGCGGGACCUCCACGCCAGGCACACCCUGAAGGCACAUCCUGAUACUUGCAAUUAACUCCUUCUUAACUAAUUUUACCCCUUUAAAUAAAGAGAACCCUGAUAAAUCUAUGACU